UCUUUAUUCACUCCCCCUCUCGUAGGUUCAGAAACAAAAUGACCGAGGCUGAGUUCACCAUUUCAGGCUCUGACCACCCUAUCUGUCCUGUGAUGCUGGGGGAUGCCAGACUAGCCUCUCUGAUGGCUGAUGACAUGCUGAAACUAGGAGUGUAUGUGAUUGGGUUCUCCUACCCAGUGGUACCAAAGGGCAAAGCCAGAAUCCGGGUCCAGAUCUCAGCGGCCCACACUGACCAGGACAUUGACCACGCUGUGGAUGCUUUCAUACAGACAGGCAGGAAGCAUGGAGUUGUGUCUUAAAUAGAACAACUUGUGGAUUAUUUUGCUGCCAAUAAGCAAGUUAAAAAGACAAGCAGCUUGCAGAGUUUGGACUGCGGUUACAGGUUACACAGGAGGCCUAUGAAUGACAGUGUGACAAAGAUAAUUUAUUACAUACAGAAUAAUGUAUUACAGAUUAUGCUCAAUUGUGGUCAAUGCUAUUUGUGUUGCUUUUGUGUUGAAGUUGAAUGAAUAAAAUACUUUUAACAAAACGUUGGUAUUUUAGAAUGGCUAGCUAGAUAUGGUUGUAAUACUGGGUAAACUAGAAGAUAUAUUAAAGUCUUGUCUUUAUUUAGAGCAAUAAACGUGUGCUUGCAUCAACA